AUGCUCACAGGAUUUGCCCAGCGGCUGUUCCGCGCGCUGACGGCGAUGGAUUCCGACAACUACCCGGAGACCUGCCACCAAAUUUUCAUCGUCAACAACAGCGCGGCAUUCAGCGCGAUCUGGCGGAUGGUGAAGGUGUUUGUUGACCAGGGGACGCGCGACAAGGUCAAGGUCCUGGGCAGCGGCAACCCGAUGCUGGUGGCCCUCCUUCAGGAAUUCGACGCCGCCCAAAUCCCAUCGUUCCUGGGCGGCGCCCUCGAUUACGACGAGCGGCGGCGGCAGUGGAUGGAGACGAUGGACCUCGCAAUGGCGGAGGCCGCGGCGGCGGCGGCGGCGCGGGCGGCCAAGGCCCCAGCAGGCGGCGGCGGCGGCAGCGGCGCGGUCAACGGGUUUGACCGGAUGCCGCCGCCCGUGCGCACGAGCGUGGCCGCGUCGCAGCGGUCGGAGAGUGUGGAUGAUGCGGACGGGUUUGCCACGCCGGUGUCUGCAGCCUCGAGGAUCAGCAGCGCCAUGUCUGUGUAUUUUGACGCGAUAGACCACAGCUCACCAUCCGUCACCUCCACGCCCGGCCAGCCGUCGUCCGCCGCGCCGGCCGGCUCCGCGGCAAGCGGAGAGUCCCCCGGCGGCUCCCCGCCCGCGCCGGGCACGGCCGGCGCGGCGCUGCCGCCGCCGGUGCUCGCGGGCGGCGGCGGGUCGCCGGGGGUGCGGGGCGGCGGGGGGUCGCCUGGGGGGAGGGGCGGCGGCGGGUUUGAUGCGCCGCUGCCGCAGUACCACCCCCAGACCUCCCACCACGUGCAGCGGGCGUCGACGCUGACAGCAGUGCCUUCAGGGGAGCUGCCUCCUGGGACCGAGCCGCAGCCCAAGUGCUGCGUGAUCAGCUGA